AUGGCCAAAGACGGUCACAACGAUUUUCCGUACAUGAUCCGAGCAUGGUACUCGAACCAGUUCGACCGCCCCGACUUCAACGUGCAUGACAUGCCCGUCGGCCACACCGACAUCCGACGCCUCCGGGAAGGCAUGCUGGGCGGCCAAUUCUGGAGCGCCUAUGUCCCGUGCCCGAAGGUCGGUGACGUCGACACCGACGUCGUCCCGCAAAGCAGCUACCUGGAGAGUUUUCGGCAAACAAUCGAGCAGGUGGACGUCAUCCACAGCCUGUGUCGGCGCUAUCCCGAGACCUUUGGCUUCGCCGAUUCGUCGUCGUCCGUAUGGAGCGCCUUUCGCGCGGGACGCAUAGCCAGCCUGAUCGGCGUGGAGGGCCUGCAUCAGACCGCCAACAGCCUCAGCGCGCUGCGCAUGCUGCACCGGCUCCGUGUGCGUUACGUGACCCUCUCGCACAACUGCAACAAUGAGCACGCCGAUGCUGCUACGACGAAGGCGAAGCGCCACCGAGGUCUCUCCGUGCUCGGGGAAAAGGUGCUCCGUGAGAUGAACGCAAUCGGAAUGAUUAUCGAUCUGUCCCACACCUCCGACGAGGUUCAGAAGCACGCCAUCCGGCUUUCCACAGCUCCUGUCAUCUUCUCCCACUCGUCAAGGCACGUUCCUCGAUGCCGCCGCCCAAGCUCGAUAGAGAGAGAGACUGACGCGCCAGAAAGCUAUACGCUGUGUCCGCACCCGCGGAACGUCACGGACGAGGUUUUGGACAUGCUCCGGGAGAACAACGGUGUCAUCAUGGUCUGCUUUUUGAGAGAGCUGACGGACGCGAACCAAGAGAAAGCAACACUGUCGAGAGUGGCGGACCACAUUGAAUACAUCGGCCGGAGAAUCGGCUAUGCUCACGUUGGCAUAGGAUCGGAUUUCGACGGCAUGCUUCGUGGGCCGGACGGUCUGGAGGACACGGCCAAGUACCCGUAUCUCAUUUGUGAGUUGCUGAGACGGGGGAUAGGAGAAGAGGAUGUGAGGAAGAUUAUGGGGUUGAAUGUCAUUCGAGUGCUGGAGGACGUAGAGAAGACUGCUCGCAUAGCACAGCAGGGGCAUUCUCCCAUCCCCUUUGAUGAGGUCGAACAGAUAUUUGAUAGCAAGCUUCGAGAUCAGAUACUCCAGGAAAGGGCGCGAGGAAAAGAGGUUACUCUGCGCGACCGCUGCACCGCGCACAGCACCGCCGCGCCGGCCGACCGCCGUAUGCCGCUGCACGGCGGGCGGGACAGCAGCUUCAGCAGCUCGGGGCCCGAGGCGCAGCACGGAGAUGCAGACGCCGGGAGGGGGAGCAGCAGCGACGACGAUGACGAUGACGAUGACGAAGAGGAGGAGGACGAGGAUGAGGAUGAGGAUGAGGAGGACGAUGGUGGCGGUGUGCUGAGGGACGUCGUCGAGUGCGACGAGAGGGAGAGGGAGGAGGCGGCGGCGGAGCAGGGAUUGGGCGCAGCCUGCUCGCCCAACGAUGGCAGCAGCCCCGGAGAGUGCAACAGCGCUGCUCCGGAGAAAAGCGCCACGUCCGUCCCGCCCCCUUCCGCUUCACCCAACGGGCCGCUGCUGAGAGAUGGGACGCAGGAAAGUAGCUGCUCCAAUGGCGUCAGGGGCGUGCUGAGUGCCGUUAACGUUCCGGUUGCCAUCGGGUCGUAG